GUUUGCCAAGCCAUGUGCCGAGCCGAGCAGCGUAAGAGCCCCGACCCAAUCCCGGCCGCUCUCCGGGAUGCUGGGAAAAGUGGGGGCAGCGCCGAGCAUCCGCAAUUGGGCGAAUGUCAGGGGGACGAAGCUAAACCGAGUAUGUGCAAGAUUUCCAAUAUUUCAAUGUCUUGGCCUCGAAAGGGAGCCUUGCGGGCCUUGGCAAGGUUCUUUCGAAAAGCGCGUGGGCGCGCUGCCCCUCCUGACAAUCUCCCAACGCCACCUGCUCGCGCCGUCGAGUCAACCAAGACACAGAGCGAAACAUGGCCGCUGGAUCAACAGUCUGGUCGGCGCCGAGCCUCAUGGCGCGCAUCGCAGCGCUCGCGGCUGUCUCUGUGUUUUGGCUCGCGGGUCUUGCGAAUGCGGCCGACUGCAACCCGACAAAGCAGACAUGCCCCGCGGUGCCAGCGCUGGGCACGACGGUGACAGGCGACUGGACGCAGUCUAUCGACUACGGCCCGUUCGAAUUAGUCACGGACUUCCCGACGUUCGACUCGGGCACGGGGCUCGUCUUCACGCUGCGGAACGCGACCGCCUCGCCGAUGAUCCGCACCGCCAAGUACAUCUUCUUCGGGCGCGUCGACGUCACGCUGCAGGCGGCGCCGGGCGUCGGCAUCGUCACCUCGCUGACGCUGCUGUCCGACGACCUGGACGAGAUUGACAUGGAAUGGCUCGGUGCAUAUGACAACCAGGUGCAGAGCAACUACUUCAGCAAGGGCGACGCGUCGGUGUACGACCGGGGUGCGACGCACAACGUGUCGUCGGGAGGCAGCUUGACGGCAAAAACGCACACGUACAGCAUCGUGUGGAGCCGGGAGCAGAUCGAGUGGCUGGUUGACGGGGCCGUGGUUCGCACGGUGCGGAACGACGGCAGCGGCAGCGGCAGCGGCUUCCCACAGACGCCGAUGCGGGUCUUGCUGGGGUCGUGGGUGGCGGGGCGCCAGGAGCUGAGCGCGGGCACCGUCGAGUGGGCGGGCGGGCUUGCGGAUUUCAGCAAGGGCCCGUUCAGCAUGACGGUCAAGAGCUUCUCCAUCGCCGACGACGCCACGGGCGCCGCCCAGUACAGCUAUGCCGACACCAGCGGCGCGUACCAGGGCAUCCGGGUUGAGGAUGCCAGUGGCGCUCUUUUAUCGAGCUCUUCUUCGUCUUCCUCUUCGUCGAGCACCGUCGGCCAGACAGGGUCGUCGUCGACGAGUCAGACGGGAACACCAACCGGAUCGAGCAGCUCCUCAGCACCGACUAACAGCACAUCAUUGCCCGGUGAGGACGGAAGUGGAAGCGGCAGCGGAAGCGGGGGAGGCAGCGGCCUCGGGGCAGGUGCUAUCGCCGGUAUCGUGGUUGGCGUUGUCGCAGCAGCCGUUAUCAUUGCCGGGCUUGUGUUUGUUGUGCUCCGGCGAAAGCGGCUUGCCGGUGCGCCGGUGGCGGCAACCGAUGACGUUAGCGGGAGACCCGAGCUCGGCGGCCAGGCGCUGGAGAAGCACGAGGGCAAGCCAGAGCUCGACGGGCAGCAUGUGGGCGAGAUGGACGGAACGGACGUGCCGCAUGAGCUCAACACGAACCUGGCAGACAACGCCCCUGCGGCCGGCAUGCCGCCACAAGAGCUGCCGCCGGGGACCAUGGGCUACCAGGCACAGCCAGGAUAUGCGCCAGGCCACGGGGCCGAGGCGCACGAGCUCCCAGCCGACUGGACGAAGUGAAUUGUGCUUUGCAAAUAAAUUACAGCGUAAUUACUUUAAUAUAAUGGGAUCAUAGCAAGCUGCCCAGG